CAGCGCGUAGGGAGAGUGAUCCUUCUGUAGUCUGUAUCAAAGCUAAAAGGGAGAGAGAGAAAGAGGCGGACGCUGGAGAGUCAAGGGGCAUAUAAAGAGCACGCGGAAAGCAAAUCAGACUAAACUCGAAGAAGCAAGCGACAGAGCACUCAGAAGGAUAGAUAGUUACGCUGAAGUCAGAGUCCUGACCGCCGGUUCAUACUUCAUAAAUACGUUAGUCAUUCUAUAACCCCCCUCCUUGUGGAAAAGUGGACUAAUCUCUGGGUGUGCUGGUGAAGGCCCCAGUAAAGGAGGGAUAGAGGAUAAGGGUUUAAAAGAAGAGUGAAAGUGUCUGACUGACGUGGUGACCGAGAAUGAAGAAGAGCAGGAGUGUGUUAGCGGUGACACCAGGUGACGAAACCAAGGAGCCUCCGGGAGUGCCCCUGUUCGGCAGCACCCCGGGGGUGGACCUUCGCCGGGGCCGCAGGCGUCACUCAGGCACGCUAAUGCUGCCCCCGUUGUCAUGGCGACAGGCGGAGAGUGAUCUGGGCCGCACGCCAGAGGAGUGUGCCAUGGCCCGACCCACCAGCCUGCCCUUUCGACCUCCACCACGCAUCGACAUUACCCAUGUCGACCCCAACAGCUUCGAUGUGGAGAAUUCCCCGUCUGCGUGCUGCAGCCCGUCGGAUCCCCAGGCAUCCCCGAGCUCCGGCCUGGUCCUGCACCCCAACAUGGGGGGCCACGGGCAGCGCCGCGAGUCCUUCCUCUACCGCUCCGACUCGGACUACGACCUGUCGCCCAAGUCCCGCGAGUUGUCCCGCAACUCCUCGGUCGCUGGAGAACUGCAUGGGGAAGACCUGAUUGUGACUCCUUUUGCUCAGGUUCUUGCCAGUCUUCGCACAGUGAGGAACAACUUCACCACCUUGACCAAUGUACAAUGCACCUCCAAUAAGAGGUCACCGGCCGCCCCACAGUCUCCUGUAACCAGAGUCUGUCUGUCAGACGAGUCGUACCAGAAGCUGGCCAUGGAGACGAUGGAGGAGCUGGACUGGUGUCUUGACCAGCUGGAGACCAUCCAGACCUACCGUUCCGUCAGCGACAUGGCUUCCAACAAGUUCAAGAGGAUGUUGAACCGGGAGCUGACCCACCUGUCAGAGAUGAGUCGCUCCGGCAACCAGGUGUCAGAGUUCAUCUCCAACACCUUCCUUGACAAGCAGAAUGAGUUGGAGUUGCCGUGCCCUAUGGCCAAGACCAGGGAGAGGAAGAAGAGAACCCACCACCAGACCCAGCAGGGGGGUCAGACUCCGAGUCAAGGGACGAUGACCCAGAUCAGUGGGGUCAGGAAGGUCAGCCAAACCCCCGUGCUCCAAGGCUGCAGCGUCAGCCGCUUCGGGGUCAAAACAGACCAGGAGGACCUGCUGUCUAAGGACCUUGAGGACAUCAACAAGUGGGGUCUGAACAUCUUCAGGGUGGCCGAGCACUCCCACAACCGCCCUCUCACAUGCACCAUGUACACCAUCUUCCAGGAGCGAGACUUGAUGAAGACGUUCAAGAUCCCCGCGGACACAUUCGUGACCUUCAUGUUGACCCUGGAAGCGCACUACCACGCCGACGUAGAAUACCACAACAGCCUCCACGCUGCAGACGUGGCCCAGUCCACACACAUCCUGCUCGCCACGCCCGCUCUGGACGCCGUCUUCACAGAUCUGGAGAUCUUGGCGGCCAUCUUUGCGGCAGCCAUCCAUGAUGUGGACCAUCCUGGGGUCUCUAACCAGUUCCUCAUUAACACCAACUCCGAGCUGGCCCUGAUGUAUAACGACGAGUCGGUCCUGGAGAACCACCACCUGGCCGUGGGCUUCAAGUUGCUGCAGGAGGACAACUGUGACAUCUUUCAGAACCUGACCAAAAAACAACGCCAGUCCCUCAGGAGAAUGGUCAUAGACAUGGUACUGGCCACUGACAUGUCCAAACACAUGAGCCUGCUGGCUGACCUGAAGACCAUGGUGGAGACCAAGAAGGUGACCAGCUCUGGAGUGCUGCUGCUAGACAACUACACAGACAAGAUACAGGUGAUGCGUAACAUGGUUCAUUGUGCAGACCUGAGCAAUCCGACCAAGUCCCUGGACCUGUACCGCCAGUGGACCGACCGCAUCAUGAACGAGUUCUCCCACCAGGGAGACCGGGAGAGGGAGAGAGGCAUCGAGAUCAGCCCCAUGUGUGAUAAGCAUACGGCUUCUGUGGAGAAGAGCCAGGUGGGCUUCAUAGACUACAUCGUCCACCCUCUGUGGGAGACGUGGGCUGACCUGGUGCACCCCGACGCCCAGGAUAUCCUGGAUACCCUGGAAGACAACAGGAACUGGUACCAGAGCAUGAUCCCCCAGAGCCCCUCUCCCCCCUUCUGCACUGGAGACGGAGAGCUAGAGGGCGGAGAAGGAGGUCACAAGUUCCAGUUUGAGCUGACGCUAGAUGACGGACAGGAUGAGGAUGGACAGAUAGGAAGGGAGGAGGGCGAGAGGGGGACAGAAGGGGGACGGUCGCCAAUGGACCAGGGUGGACUAGAGAUGGAGAUACGUGGGGCUUCCCCCACAUAACAAGCCUUGACCGUGAUCUUUAUAAAAGCACCAGUUUUAGGCUGUGUUUGGCAUCUUGUUUUAUUGCAGUGGAGGAAUCCUGCAAUCUGGCUCUUUGAAGCUGCUCUGCUUGUGCGCGAGGGCCUGACUGACUUAGGGCCCCUGCAGAAGAGGGUGGGGGACCACAACACUUGUUUUGGGAACCCUCCGAAAGCAGAUUAUGAUGAGUUGAAGAGCGUGAUUGCCUUGAAGGAGUGCUGUGUGGCAGAAGUACCAUAUCUUAGUCCUUAGCCAGAUACUACAAUCUUUGCUCUGACAAAUAAGAUGAAGCUCAUUUACACUAAGAGACUAUGGUGUUCAAUUGGGACAAGAUGAGAGACACUUGCACUUCAGAAUGAUUGUUGUUCUUCGUGACUGUUUUCGGGUAUAUGUUUUGUUUUGUAACGGGAUUGGAGGGGAUGUUGCCGGGUAGCGUUCAAAGUUCCAACUAGUGGUCCACAGGUCUUUGUAACGGGAUUGGAUGGGAUGUUGCCGGGUAGCGUUCAAAGUUCCAACUAGUGGUCCACAGGUCUUUGUAACGGGAUUGGAUUGGAUGGGAUGUUGCCAGGUAGUGUUCAAAGUUCCAACUAGUGGUCCACAGGUCUUUGUAACGGGUGUCUGAAGACUUUUGUGUGCCUUUUUUUAUGACCGUCUUUUUUGUAUGCCAUUUUAUAAUUUAUUUAACAGUUUUAAGUCGUUAUUAUAAAAUGUUUGUUUUCUACACACAACUCAUCUUAAUUGUCUCUCGAAUGAGAGGAAAAUACUUCCGGUCUUCCUUAUGUCUUCUCAGCAAUAGUGUAUUCCCAAUUUGUGCUUUGUGGACUUUCCAAAAUCGUCGGACUUCCCAGCACAAGUUGCACUUUUUUUCGCAAGGGUUGAGAGCUAGAACAGUGUUUAAACUAAAGAAUUGGGUUAUUCUUUCAACACCAAACUCAAAGCACCAGGCGUUAAAUGCUAUGCGUCACAUGUUAUCUCACAAAUCUCAAGUCAAUGUUAACAAACGCCACAUAAAGGUCGAUAUUCGCAGCAAAGCUGCUCCUUAUUGUUUUCCUUAUUUGCUUCCCGUAAAAGCAAUUAUCUCCAUCAUUCAAAUUUUCCCAGUGGGAAAAACCAAUAAAAGUCCAUGUAAACUGUCCUAACCAAUAAGCUCCAAAGAUGACCUGAUAAAAGCACUUUAACAGCCAACAGAGGUGUUGUGCCACAUCUGAUUAGCACUUAAUUAAAUAUCUUAAAGAAUAUCUUAAUAUUCUUUCGCAAAACAAAUCGAAUUAUUUCUGCGCAUCUCCCUUCCAAGAAUGGAAGUCCAGUAAAUGGGGUCUCCUAAUCUAAUUCAUGCACAGUCUUAAAGACCAUUAUGGCCAAUCAAAUGAACCAUUGAGUGGUUUCUUUCCAAAGAGAAAAAUCCCACGUCACAUGAUAUUUUGAAGCCCUAGACUAGCCUUGUGACGGUCAACCAAUGUCAAAAAACAAACCUCCAUACAACAAUAUUUGACAAUCAGCUGAUGUUAUACUUUUGGUUGCCAGGUCCCUCUUGAGGUGACCACCGCCAACAACACAUCUCUCGAGGUUUGGCAGGAAUCGCAGAGCAACAAACACACUGAAACUAAACCAAAAACAAAUAGCAUCUUUCUACAAGUUGAUUCUAUGUUAAUUUAAUGUCACCUAAAAGGUCCCCUGUAGGAAGUGGAGAUACUGAAGUGUAAUGUUAAAAAAUAAUUAAAUCCAUGAUUUCUGUCCAGCACUUUGACGAGCUGGACAGCUCAGCACCUAGUUGCUCUUCUGUCAACAAUACAUCUAAAUGGUACUGCCAUGGAAGCUUCAACACUCAUCACUAGAUGACAAUACUUCCCUUGUUGUGUGUGUGUGUGUGUGUGUGUGUGUUUGAGGAUAACUUAGCUGCACAAUCUCCUCGUCCAUGCACCUAUGUCGAUCCAUGAACUGUUUGAAACAGUGUAUUUAUGACUUUGAUCUGUAAGUAGAAUCCUAUUCACAAAAAGUAUGUUUGGUAUAAUUUAUAUGCACUACCUGUCAAAACAAGUGAAAUAUUUGUUAUAAUGUAUAAUACUCAAGUUUUUGCAGAUUUCCAGAGAACAUUCUUAAACAUCUGUGUUACUUGGCAGACAACUGAGGUGGUUGGCAGAAACGUAAUUCCUCGGUUUCUAUUAUUUUCCUGUUAUCUGGAGCCAUAUGAAGGCUGCAUUGAACCUAUAUGAUGUAUGGUGACGGGUCAUUGUACAGCGAGCUGUAUGUUUAUUGAAAUAUUACAUUGUUUAAGAUGUACCCAUAUUUCCCAUGCGUUUCUCAGAAGUCUCACACAGUGCAUGGUAAAGUAUUGUAUAUUGUGUUCAACACAUAUUUUUUAUGAAAUUAUUAAAAUGAGCAUGAAUUUACUCUG